AUGAGUAUUGCAGCAGACGAACUGGUGCACUUGCGCACGUUGCAGCGCCAGUACCUUCAGCUGGUCGAUCCAUCACAGUUACGAUGGCCAGAUGCACAAAUCCUGAAGAGGGCUGAUGUGCAGUCCUGGUUGUUCGUGCACAUGUUUGACGAGAGCCGUAUCAAGUCGCCUCCACCAGAACGCUACCAGCUCAGAGUACUGAAGCUUCUCAUCUCCAAGUUGGAACGGUCGAUCGUCGACCCAGAGGAGGAUGAGAUUUCAGAUGACCUCAUGUCUGCAAUGUCAACGUUACUCACGUCCAACGUACCCUCCGAAGCCGACUCCGCCCAACAAAAGGCAUUUGUGACAUACUCGUAUCCACUCCACCCAGCUGACAACAGCGCCUCGCAAGAGCAAGCAGUCACGCUCCUCGAAGCUCGCUCCGUCAUCUCGGGAUCCGGCACAACCGGGCUCAGGACCUGGGAAGCAGCGCUACUGCUGGGGUCGUAUCUGGCCACUGAAGAUGGCCGAAGAAUGAUCAAGGGGAAAAGGGUGUUCGAAUUGGGUGCAGGCACCGGUGUCAUCUCCAUUCUCUGUGCAAAGCAUCUUGGAGCUUCUGGUGUUGUUGCUACCGACGGUGACGAGGCCAUUGUCGAUGCCAUCAAAACCAACUUGUUCCUCAACGGACUCGACGUCGACAACCAGGAGGGAUGUCGCGUACGAACAGCUGCUCUCAAGUGGGGUUGGCCCGUCGAUGCAGCGGCAUUCUCUGAGGACUAUGGAAUGGAAGUGCCGAAUGUGCUGCUGGGUGCCGACGUCACCUACGAUAAAACCGUCAUUCCACGCCUAGUGUCUACGGUGUACGAGUUUCUUGAGUUGAAUCCAGCUCUCCAAGUUCUGAUAUCGGCAACGAUUCGCAAUGAGGCUACAUUCGAGACCUUUCUGAACGCGUGUAGGCGGAAUGGUUUCAGGUUUGAACAACUCGGCUUCCCACCAAUACCGGAGCCUUCACAGGCAGGACCCUUCUACCCAACGUCAACACCGAUCCAAAUUUGGCGCAUCACCAAGCCCGAAGCAGCGCGCAAGGACCCAUUCGCUGCUUGA